UUCACACCUUUGACGCAAGAAACGGAAAUCGCACACCAUAUGGCGCGGCAUCGCCAAACACAAUAUGACAAACACUUGUAACCUAUAAAGUUCUGACUUCACACUGCCGCUUCCUGCACUGUCAGUUUGGCUCUGUUGUUACAUAUCACGCCAUUCAACAGUUAUUCUGGCGACAUGCGGGGAUGGACGAUAAGGGAGCCGAGAUGGAUAUAAAAUGGUCGCAACUGUCCCAAAGAUGUUGUCACAGCAAGAUUAUCAAUUAGAAACUGCCAGACAUUUUAUCUUUCAGCCUGAAAAGACUUGUUAUCAUUAUGGCCCCCCCUGCAGCAGACACAGAUCUAGCUGUUCGCCCUGUCGAGACCGUCACAAAGCUUCCAAGCAAGGUUGAAAGCAGCUCUCUUUUGAAAGGCCCUCUGAAGUCGUCUGGUUCGCUUGACCAGUAUGAACACUUUCAAGCUACUCCGGUCAUAGGAGAAGAGUUUCCUUCUCUUCAGCUCAGUGACAUCUUGUCCGAUGACAAUAAGAUUAGAGAUCUUGCUAUUUUAGUAUCACAACGUGGUGUUGUGUUCUUCCGAAACCAGAAUCUAGAGAUCGAGGACCAGAAGAUUCUCGGCCAGAAACUUGGCGAGUUGACUGGCAAACCAGAAACUUCAAAGCUUCAUCGUCACGCCUUGAGCAACAGCAAGCGAGGCAUCGCAGUAGACGAAAAUGGAAAGUUGGACGAUGAGGUAUCAGUGAUCUCCAGUGAGCAAAACCGGACUUACUACCAAGACCGCUUUAGCUUCAACUCUAAGAGGAUUGCCAGCGAAGGAUGGCACGCUGAUAUAACAUUCGAGCGCAUCCCAUCCGACUACGCUAUUCUGAAGAUCCACACCCUUCCAACUGACGGGUCGGGAGGUGACACUCUAUGGGCAUCCGGCUACGAGGCCUACGACCGCCUUUCACCACCAUGGCGUGCAUUUGCCGAUUCGCUAACUGCCACCCACCAUCAGCCAAACUUCAAUCGCGUUGCGAAGCAAUUCGGAGCCGAGCUCAUCUCAGACGAUCGCGGGGCACCAGAGAACACAGGUCUUGAUUUUCAAGCAUCGCACCCAGUCGUCAGAACCAAUCCUGUCACUGGUUGGCGAAGUCUCUUCGGAGCCGCCCACCAGGUCGAGAAAGGCUGGAUUGAUGGCGUCACUGAGAGGGAGAGUGACAUUAUCAAGCAGUACUUCCUGCAACUCAUCACUGAGAAUCAUGACUUGCAGGUUCGUUUCAAGUGGGGCAAGAAUGACCUGGCUAUCUGGGAUAAUCGAAGUGUUUUCCACACAGCUACUAAUGACUACGAGGGAAAGCGUCAAGGAAAUAGGGUCGUCAGUUUGGGCGAGAAGCCUUACUACGACCCAGCAAGUGUUUCGAGACGCGAGGCACUCAGUGCAGCGAAGACCAAUUGAUAGGUCCGUUUCCAUCUCUUUUAGAGGACUUCUAUAGUUAAUAAACUUGGCAACAAAUGUGACUAUCCCGCACUCUUGUCGUAUGAUUCUUUUGGAAAGAGAUUGAGCGAACCGGCGGUUUAUGCUUUCCAG